CUUGGUUAUCUCACUACAUAAAGGUCCCAGUCCAUGUCUACGUUCAUCUAACACAGGCAAAUUAAGAAAACCCGAACUAAUUUGUACUUGGAUUACUCGCUUGCUUGUCCGUAUAUCUACGCGGGUCGCCGUCUCAUUCACAUAGAAGACUGGCAAAGAUGGCGGCGGACACGGAAAUGGUUACCAGUGUCGAUACAAGCACACAACGAUGGCACUACCUGGACAGAAUAAGGACCAAACCAGGUCCUUUCACUGACAUGGACAGCUUUGACCCAGAUAGCUGUGUCUCAAGCAUGGAAAAGAUGUCUGUUCUAGGUGCUGGCGGGCUUGGAUGUGAGAUUCUCAAGAACCUGGCCUUGACUGGCUUUAAAAACAUACAUGUCAUCGACAUGGAUACUAUAGAUAUCUCCAACCUGAACAGGCAAUUUCUGUUCCGCAAGGAUGAUGUUGGAAAGUACAAGGCAGAAGUCGCCGCUCGGUUUGUCGAGAAGCGGGUAAAGGGCGUCAAGAUCACACCCCACAACUGCCGCAUUCAGGAGUUCGAUGAUGACUUUUACAUGCAGUUCCAGCUCGUCGUCUGUGGGCUGGACAGCAUUGAGGCUCGCCGGUGGAUUAACGCCAAGCUGUGCGACAUGGUUGACAUGGACAACCCGGACUCUUUCAAGCCGCUCAUCGACGGCGGCACCGAAGGCUUCAAGGGCCAGUCUCGGGUUAUCUUUCCUACCAUGACGGCUUGCAUCGAGUGUCAGCUUGAGAUAUACGCGCCUCGGCCCGCCGUCCCCCUCUGCACCAUCGCCACCAUCCCGCGCCAGCCGGAACACUGCAUCGAGUGGGCGCACAUCAUCGCCUGGGAGAAGGAGAAGCCGUUCCCGGCCCUGGACAAGGACGACCCGGAGCACAUCACAUGGCUGUUCCAGAAGGCGGCGGAACGCGCCAAGGAGUACGGCAUCCAGGGCGUCACCUACUCUCUGACCCAAGGCGUGGUCAAGAACAUCAUCCCCGCCAUCGCCUCCACCAACGCCAUAAUCGCCGCCAGCUGCUGCAACGAGGCCUUCAAGAUCGCCAGCAAUGCCGCGCCCCCGCUCGGCCUCGAGGAGAACUACAUGAUGUACACGGGAGACGCCGGCAUCUACACCUUCACCUAUAAGUACGAACGCAAACCCGACUGUCCCGUCUGCGGUAACGAGGCUCGCCAGCUCGAGGUCGACUCGAGCUGGACGCUGCAGGAGCUCGUCGACCACCUCGCGGUCCAGCCGGCCGCUCAACUCAAGAAGCCCAGCAUCCGCGCCGAAGGGAAGUCACUGUACGUGCAGAUGACGCCCGAUCUCGAGAAGGCCACAAGGGGCAAUCUCACCAAGACCCUGACCGAGCUGGGUUUGGUCAGCGGACAGGAGAUCGCCGUGACGGACCCGGCUUUUAUGAGCACGGUUUUCCAGUACAGGCUGCAGUUCAAGUGAAGGCAGAUGACGGCAACGCUCUAAUGAAAAGUGCCUGACUCGUCUUUUGGAGACUUUCAUCGUAAGCUUGUCCAGUUGAUGUUUGUUGGGCUUUUUGCUCACUAGGAAGCGAUUUUCUCGGGCCUGGCCGGAUCAAAUCUGAUCUGUCCUCUUAAAACAUAGACCAAAACAGUUUAUGGGUGGAUAUAAUAUUUGCUUUUUUUUCAGUACCGAACCUUGCCUAGACGCCGUGCCCAAUGAAAAUCUAUGUAAAACAAAACCGGAAAUCCGCACAAGAGAUCGGAAAAUGCCAGAUGAGCAACGUUUUCUUUAGCAGCCCCUCUGGAUGAAAACGUACAAGUAUUGACAAGAAACAGCCUAAAUAUGCUUUCAUUCACCUAACCAUGUUAAGAACUUGCUCCUCUAGCUUCUUGCAUUUGGACUUGAGCUCCGCGAUGGAGGCAAGGAAGAGCUCGUCGCUGUCCCACUGUCCGGCGCUCUCAAUAGAAAAUAUGAAAUGGUCCCGCUUGCGGCCCAGCUUGACCUUGCCCUCGAAUUCGGCGUGCCGAAGGCACUCCCUGCUGACGGUGUCACGCAUGGGGUCGUUGACGACGGCCUUCAUCUCACCCUUGUGGCCCUCGUAGCCGCUGCCCUUCUCCUUGGCCUCGGCGGCGGUGACGGGUUCCAGCCUUAUGACGCCUUCGGGGAAGCAAUCGCGGAACUUUUCAGCGUCGGCGCCGACAAUGGGUUUGACGAUGUCGAUGAUGGGCAUGAGGCGGUACGAGGCGGUGCAGACGGGCGAGAACUUGGCAUGAUCCCAGCCGUAGCCGACGUGGGCGUGCAUCUCGAGGUCGAUGCCCUGGCCCGGCCGCAGCUUGGCGAUCAAGAUGUCCGGGUUCACGGGGACUAUGGCGCCGUCGCCUGAGAAGUACUCGGUCUGCUGGCCGGCGGGCACGAACUCGAUGUCGCUGGCAUAGACGUUGGACUUGAUGUAGGCCUUGUUCGGGUCGUUCUCGCCGGGUUUCGCAUCGGGGUUCCGGGUGCACUUGACGUUGAGCCGGAGGUUCACUGUGUUGAAGUCAAACGAGUUGUCGAAGCCGCCCGUCUCGGUCCUCUUGAAGGGCUUCAUGAACUUGCGCAGGCCUUCCUUGGAUCCCUUGAGUGGUACGAGACCCAGGCGUUGAGCAAGCACCUCAUCCUGGAUUACAGAGGUGUUGUUGGUUAUGAAAACUCGCUCGAUAGCCAGGGAAGGUAUCUCAGCGAUCAUGAUACGGCGGAAGGCAUUUGCGAUGGAGGCGUCGACGCCGAUUAGACUAAAUGACGCUAGGUUGGGGUCAUUCUGGUGAAAUUGUAUGUUGAGAUGCUGGGCAAACUGGUUGACGUCCCAGGCGUGCUCCUCGCCAUAGUGUGCGCCAGGAUAAUCGGUUGAUAUCGUAUUUGUAACUGUCUCCUUGUUGAUACCAACAAUCUUUCGCCUGUUCAGCUCAUCAGAGCUAAGAUUUGUUUGUGAAGGCAUUAUGGCUUUAAAGACUCUAACUGGAAGAUAUCGCGAUUAGAUUUCUU